AUGUCGGCGAUCGUCUGCGGUAAGCGGUCAGCGUUCGAGGAGAGCACCGUCGAGGUCUUUCAUCCAGCAAGCCGGUCCGCGUUCGACGACAGCAUCUACGUCGCUCUGCCGCCCGUUUCCAAGCGAGGUCGCUGGUUGCAACCGUCGUCGCCGUCGCGCUGCGCGUGGGCCGAAGACCCGGCCGGAAUCAGCGUGGGAAUCCGCGGAGGGUCGUUCGCGGAGAAAGUGGUGCUGCUGCGAAGCAUGUUCGGCGGCGUGGAGGAGCAGGUCGUACACCAGGUGCUGGAAGCGUGCAAUCACGACAUCGACUCCGCCAUCCAGUCGCUCAAGGGUUUGCGAAUCAUCGCCGCGGAUAACGCCGCGCUAUCACACGCUCAGCUUCAACAUUCCGCUGAUCCCGCCGCAACUCGCGUCGCGGAGCAAGCGGAUCAACAUUCGCCGACAACAGGGCAAGCGCAAACUUUGCAGCAGUCCCUACCAGGUCUAGCUGCUUCCGCGCCGGCAUUAGUAGAAUCAACAGCUGCAGCAGCCGGAGGAGGUGGAGGAGGGGAAGGCGAUGGGGUUCCGUCGAGCGGUGCAGAGUGGGUAGAGCUGGUGGUGCGGGAGAUGAUGUCAGCAGUGGACGUUGCUGACGUCAGGCAGAAAGCAGCCAUGGUUCUGGAGCAGUUUGAGAAGGAGGUGCGGAAACGAUGCGAAGCCGCUGCUGCCGCUUCUGCUGCUGCCAGUGCUGCUGCCAGUCUCCCACAGGCAGCCGCCAAUGGCGUUUCUGCGGGGGCACACGCGGAGCACCACGUGGCAGCGCUGGUGAAGGAGAAUCAGAUCUUGAAGCGAGCGGUGGCGAUUCAGCAUGAGAGGCAGCGCGAGCACGAGGCGAGGGAGGGGGAGCUUGUGCAGAUGCGGCAAACGUUGGCGCAGUACCAGGACCAGAUGCGGAAGCUGGAGGUGAGCAACUACGCCCUCAGCCUGCACCUCCAGAAGGCACAAGGCACGGGAACCAUCCCCAACCGCUUUCACCCGGAUGUCUUCUAA